AUGGCGACCCCUUUUCUUCUCCAAUCUAGCGCAGUGAUCUUGGCGUGGUCCAUAGCUGCGUAUGUAUCCUGUUUGGUGCUCUAUCGGGGCUGGCUGAGCCCACUGGCCAGAAUUCCUGGCCCAAAGCUCGCCGCACUCACGUCCUGGUAUGAGUGCUAUUACGACGUUGUCCUUCCGGCUCAGUAUGUUUUCAAGGUCAAGGAAAUGCACGCCAAAUACGGGCCAAUCGUCCGUAUCGCACCGAAUGACGUCUCAAUCUCGGACCCGGACUUUGUCGAUACCAUCUACGCUCCUGGUGCAGGCCAUCGCCGCGACAAGGAUCACGACAAGAACAAGGCUCUUGGGGUAGACUCCUCGGUCGGCGGCUCAAUUGCUCACGAACUUCACCGCAAACGACGAGAGGCACUCAAUCCCUUUUUCUCACCUCAACAGAUUAGCCGCCUUGAUCCACAGCUGAAUGCGAAGGCCGCGCAACUGGAGGCUCUGCUCGCCAAUGCUAAGAAGGACGGGGAGGUACUCAACCUCUCUGACAUCUACUUUGCUUUCUCCAAUGAUGUCGUACACCAAUAUUGCUUCGGCGAUAAACUCAAUUUAUUGGCCGAUCUGCAGCUGGCCAACAUCCGCCGUACCAAUGUCGCCGCCGUUCUCGGCAGUGUCAAGGUCAUGCUUCAUUUCGGCUGGAUUCGCGAUGUGACACAGGCGCUGCCACGCUACAUUGGUGCUCGCAUGACACCCCCUGGGGUAGUGGACAUGAUCACUUUCCGCGAAGGCAUACGCACUCAGAUCGAACGAAUACUGGGACGUAAGCCCUCACCAGACGAGACUACAUCCAUAUUCACGCAUCUGCGGGAUAGCCCUCAUCUGCCACCAUCCGAAAAGUCGGCACAGCGACUCGAGGACGAGGCUACGCUGAUGACUAUGGCGGGCACAUACUCCCCAAUGUUGUCGCUGGUCACGGCGCACUACCACUUGCUCGCGAGUCCAGUUAUCAUGGCGAAACUGCGAGACGAGCUGAGCGCCCACCCCUACGCCACUACAGCCGCACAGCUUGAGCAGCUGCCAUACCUAUCAGCCAUCACCUUAGAAGCUCACCGUCUCACAUUCGGCUUGACGGGGCGGAACCCGCGUGUGUGUCCGGACGAGGCCAUCGUAUACACCCAUGAGGUGGGCAAAGAUGAUUUUCGCACCUACAGAAUUCCCCCUGGAACCUCGAUCAGCACCUCUACUUUACUGGUACACACUGAUGAGUCUCUAUUCCCGGAGCCUUGGAAGUUCAAACCUGAGCGAUGGCUCGUCACCGAUCAGGCAGUCUUGGCUCGGCAGCGCCGGAGCAUGCUGGGAUUCAUGCGUGGUCCGCGCACUUGCAUCGGAAUGCAUCUUGCCAACGCUGAAAUGGCUAUCCUUGUGGCGGUCAUGGCGCGCUGGAACAUGCGCCUGUACGAGACAAACUUGGAUGAUGUGGAAUUUCUUCAUGACUACCACGUCAUUUGCCCAAAACUAGGGUCCAAAGGCGUAAGGGCGGAGGUUCUCGGCCAUCACGUCGACCUUUGA